GGCGAGAGCAGCGCAAGGGGGUGGGGGCGGAAAUAGACGCGAUUGGGGCUUCCGGGCGCCGCCAUUUUGCCGGCGAAGGGCACGGAGCGGCAGGGCGGCGGGUGAGGACAAGAAACCAUGGCAGGACACGAUGCGGGAAGUCAACACCAGUUCACUGGCUUUCAGAAAUACUUCAAUUCCUACACCCUGAUAGGCAGGAGGAAUUAUGUAAUAGCCACGUAUACCACCAUUGCAGCAAUUAUCCUGUUCUUCAAGCUAAGGUCUAAAAAAAAGGCUCCAGCUAUAACAGAGAAAUAGAGCGGUUGGCAUGCCUAAAGCUCCCAUCUCAUGGUGUUUCAAUGGAAGCAAGAGUGGAUGCCCUCUUAUGUACAGUUUAAUAAACUGAAUACUGACUUGUUUGUCUGAUGUCAGCAGUAAAAAAUGGUACAAGCAUAAUGUAAACUCUUAAUUGUCAAAACUACAGGCAUGUCGCAUCUUACGCGAGGGUUACGUUCUGAAGGCAGCACGUAAAGGCAAAAAUCGCGUGUGGUGAAAUCACAUAUUACUGUGCCAGUGGUGACUGCCUCUGCCUCCAAAACCUCCCCCCCCCGCCACGGAGCCACACUUAGAGCGGCGCAGCACAGGGUGGUGGUGGGGGUGGCUGCGUGCCACCUGGCCACCACCGCGCCCAGCAGCUGGCCACACAGCUCCGGGCAUGGCUCCAUGGCGGCGGCGGGAGGUUUUGGAGGCAGAGGCAGUCACCGCUGGCAGUGUGGUGGUGGCUGGGCCUCCAGGUAAGCAGCAGCACCAUGUGCAGACUCAAGCCCCGCCCCCCUCCCCACCUGCAUAUAGUUGAAUUUGCGCAAGUUCAAUGCGCGUAUGAUGCGAUAUGCCUGUAUAUACAUCCUUCCCAAUGGAGGUCAAGUUAUUUGUUCUGCUCUUGGAUGUUUGUAUUAAACAGACUGACUGCAUACGGCUGACAAAGUUGUUCGAUUUAAUAGCAUCUUAAAAUCAGUACUGAACACGAGUAGCACCUCAACCAUGAAAGAACUUGCAUGUAAAUGUAACUUCAAAAGUUGUCCUGGUUGCAAGUGGCUAAUGUCUGCACUUCAUUCUGUACCACUUUUAUCAAUUUAAAGAUAAGUCCUGAA